AUGAGAACAUCUGAGGAUUUAUAUUUUGCACUUCAAUUUGCCUGCAGCGUAAAUGGAGACUUCCUUGACAGAACAUUGGCUUCCAAAUGGGGGAAUGCAUACACUUCCAUAUUCUUCUAUGCGUCCUGGUGUCCAUUCUCACAUGAUGUCCGUUCGACCUUUGAAAUCUUGGGUUCCAUGUUUCCUCAAAUUGAACAUUUGGCAGUUGAACAAUCUUUAGCCAUGCCAAGCACGCUUUCCAAAUAUGGCAUACAUAGCAUUCCCCAAAUAGUACUAGUGAAGCAAACAUCAAGACUGCGAUUUCGUGGUUCAAAAGACCUCCACUCCCUUGUAAAUUUUUAUGAGAAAAUCACAGGAUAUGAACCAGUUCAAUAUGUUGUUGUGGAUCAAACUAUGAGUGUGGGAAGCAGAGGAAAAUUUCUUGUGCCCUCUUGGAUUGGGAUAUCUAUGAAUGAGAAAUUAGCAAGAGAACCUUACCUAGUAGUCUCCAUAUUGUUCCUCUGUUUGAGGGUACUUGUAUUUGUGUUCCCAAAAGUUGUAUCCAGGUUUAAACAUUAUUGGGUAUCCUAUGGACCUCAUCUAAAUUUGGAAAUAUUUGGAGAGACGAGCCAAAUGCUGGGCCGCAUCUUCCAGACAAUCGAUGUGAAGAGGGUUUGGACCAAGCUAAGAGCAUGCAAGACCAGGAACUUCCAUCAAGGUGCAAAGAGUGCUCGAGUGUGGGCUUCUUCACUGGCUUCUGUCUCGUUGGGUGAAACCUCGUCUUCCCGAUUAUGA